AUGGCGUUGACAAUCACUAUAGAAAUAUUUGUGUACUGUUGCUUCUGUUCCAUCUUCAUCCUCACAAUACCCAUAUUCUUCUGGCGGAGACGAUAUACAUUGAUCUCGGAGCGCACACCGUAUUUGGUAUUGUGGAUGCAGGUGCCUGUGUUUGGGCUCAUGACUAUUCUGUGUCUGUUAUACAGUGCAUUGAUCCCCAACUCCUAUGAUGUCACCAUCUUGGCGCGAUGUCUACAAACACUGUUCUUGUGCUCGGUCACUACACGCAUAGUCAAUGUCGUCAUCAAAUCAAUCCAACAGCAACACAUACAAAGUAUCAUACGUAAUCAGAUGCCGCUACUUGGCGCACCUAGUGACACGAAGAAUCCAGACAGUGGCAGGAGCGGCACAGUGCAGUAUAUGUGGUGGCAGUCAGCACAUCUUAUUAAACUUGGAAGAUCUCUAGGCCUGUCGAUUUGUGCCCCCGAACCCUCGCAAGUGCUGGAAGCAGGCACGUGUUCACACUAUACCUACGGCUGCUUGUUCUUUGUACAUGUGCUGUCCAUCUUGGUGCCUGCGCUGUUAACAUUCAUUCCCGUCAUGCGCACUCAGCGAGUGCUUCCGCUGUCGAAUGCGGAACAGGUUAAAGAGGGCGCCGGCGACAACGACGACUCGAGUGCUUUUGGACUGAAAUGCUCGGCUGCUUUGGACAGCCACACACCACUAGACACGGACAUUGGCGUAAUUGACGCAGAGAGAACUGCGCAAAACAACGAUACUUCGUAUUUUCCAGUUGAACAACCGUUACAAAUGACUAUGGUUCUGGCAAAUAGAUCUCUGGCGAGCAUGUUUUACAAGCAUCUUAGUCGUGAGUAUGCGACCGAGAACUUCCUAUUUUUGCUGUCCAUCAACAAAUUCCGAUCUCGUUUCAAUAUGGAAAUGUGUAUACCAAACAGUACCACGGGCAAGACCUCUACUACACAGAACACUGGAUCUAAUCUGAGGCGGGUGUCUGUCGGUUCCAAUACGAUAGUUUCUGAGAUGAUUGAGCAAGUAUUUGUGGACACCUCAUCGGAGCAGGGCGCAGUCAAACACAAGAGUAGCGAGGGCAAGAUCAAAAAUAGUUUCAGCACCGGGAUUGAGAACCUAGCUGGGGUACAAGGACUUACACUGCAAAAGGUGUCAGAAAAUGUGUCCUCAGGAGACACACAAUCAGAUAUGAGUACAAGUGAUGCACAGUGUUCGGGCGAUACAGCCCAGGUUGACACAAGUGGUGUACAGUGCCAGAGCGUUAUAAGUAAGGUUGCCAAUCGCAUUUACCAGCGUUUUAUCCGAACGUCGGCUGAGUUCCAGGUCAAUCUGUCUUAUGAGUAUGUGGCCAAUAUUGAAUGGUUGCUGGAGUCCGACGACUGCUUCGCGACAAUGUUCGAUGAAGCGGCAUGCAGUGUGACCAAUUUAUUGGACAAUGACACAAUAUCCCGGUUCAAGAAACUUCAUAGCAAGGCCAUUUACAAGGCACUGCGGAUGAUUGGCUCUAUGGGAGGCAGCACAGUAUAG